UGAGCUUCUCGACACCGGAACCGGUGUUGUUGUCACUUGGACAAUGGCGGCCGAAGUAAGACAGGAUCUUGCACAACUGAUGAAUUCGACAGGAUCCCACAAAGAUCUUGCUGCAAAAUACAGACAGAUAUUGGAGAAAGCAGUUAAUUUCACCGAUGCAGAUCAGCUGGAAUCCCUAAAGGCAUUUGUUGAAGCAAUGGUUAAUGAAAAUGUCAGCCUCGUCAUCUCAAGACAGCUGCUGACAGACUUCUGCACCCAUCUGCCCAACCUGCCUGACGCCACAGCCAAAGCAGUGUAUCACUUUACGCUGGAGAAGAUUCAGCCACGAGUGAUUUCUUUUGAGGAACAAGUCGCCUCCAUCAGACAGCACUUAGCAACCAUUUAUGAAAAAGAAGGAGACUGGAGAAACGCUGCCCAAGUUUUAGUAGGUAUUCCCCUGGAAACGGGACAAAAACAGUACAAUGUGGAUUACAAGUUGGAUACGUAUCUGAAAAUUGCCCGUCUGUACUUGGAGGACGAUGACCCGGUUCAGGCUGAGGCGUACAUCAACAGAGCAUCGCUGCUGCAGAACGAGUCUUCGAAUGAGCAACUGCAAAUCCAUUACAAGGUUUGUUACGCCAGAGUCCUAGACUUCAGAAGGAAGUUCAUUGAAGCUGCACAACGCUACAACGAGCUGUCAUAUAAAUCCAUUGUCCACGAGACGGAGCGACUGGAGGCGCUGAAGCAUGCGCUCAACUGCACCAUUCUGGCUUCUGCUGGCCAGCAGCGCUCACGAAUGUUGGCCACCCUCUUCAAGGAUGAGCGUUGCCAGCAGCUGGCAGCAUAUGGGAUCCUAGAGAAGAUGUACCUGGACCGGAUCAUCCGAGGCAACCAGCUGCAGGAGUUCGCCGCCAUGCUGAUGCCUCACCAGAAGGCAACCACGGCGGACGGCUCAAGCAUCCUGGACAGAGCAGUGAUCGAGCACAACCUGCUCUCGGCCAGUAAACUCUACAACAACAUCACGUUUGAGGAGCUUGGUGCUCUGUUGGAGAUUCCGCCUGCCAAGGCAGAGAAGAUCGCUUCCCAGAUGAUCACUGAAGGACGCAUGAACGGCUUCAUCGACCAGAUCGACAGCAUCGUCCACUUUGAGACCCGAGAACCGCUCCCCACCUGGGACAAACAGAUCCAGUCGCUGUGCUUCCAAGUCAACAACCUGCUCGAAAAGAUCCGACAAGCCGCUCCUGAGUGGGCUGCGCAGGCCAUGGAGUCCCAGAUGACCCAGUGAACAAGCUUCCCCCCGAGAAUCCCUCUUUGUUUGUUUUUGUUUCAAACAUUCAAAGGUGUCAUCACUUCCCGUCGGUGUCAUGAGACCCAUCGAUCCCACUGCACUUGUCAUGUCACGACAUCAGGAAAUAAAGGUCAUGUGCUGCGAUACACGGCUGUGACUCUCACAGUGGGGUUUGACUCACAUCCUCAAGGUAGUUUCAUUUCUCCAUUAAACAGACAACAAUUUUCAUCCGCUUUGUCAUCAUUCCUACUUGUUAAUUUCAGAUGAAAGCUAGGCUUCCGGAGGCGUCCUCUAAUGGUGACCUUGAACUCGCUAGGAUAAAUGAAGUGACCCGUAUCAUGUGGUUCAGACUCUCUUUAUUAAUGCAUGACAUUCUCAGAGACCUCACAUGAUCCCUUUCCUCAGCGGCGUACAGAUCACCUGCAAUAAAACAAAGGUUGGGUUAUGAUUCCUGUUGCCGUGGAGAUGGACUGGUGUGGCAACUUCCUGUCAUGUGAACACAAUUCUCGUAACCUGUUUAAUGAUUUCAUAGGUCAGUGAUUCAGCGCUACAAGGCGCAGGGAAUUAAGAGGAACAAACCUGACUUCUUUUACCAUCAACACAAACCAGACCAGUAGAAGUGUGGGGGUGAAGCCUGCGUGUGGGGUGUGGACUGACCUCAGAAGAUGCCCUGCUCCUGCCUGCGCUUGAUGUCCCGUUUCAGCUGGCAGCUGGCGCAGCUCAUACAGAAGCACGAGGUCAAGUAGUCAUUGCACAUGGAGCCCUGCGGACAGAAGCAGACGGAGCGGAUCGGCAUUCCAAUCCCACAGAGGCAGCACUCGCCCAUGUCAUUGGCGAUGGUGAUGGUCAAGCAGAGGUGGCAGAACGCUCCGCACAAACCUGCCGCGCACAUGAGAGGACCAGGCAAUGAAAAUAAAAACAUCUUG